AACGCUUGAAAAAAUUAUAGAGCGAUGCCAUAAAAUUUUUCAAUACAGGAACAUAUAAACUUCUAUAUAGAACAUUAAGAUUACCAAGUUCAGUUAGUAUCCAACAGAUCUGUGAACAAUGGCUACCUCAGCAUCAUCACCCUUGGCAUCUUCUUUAACCUCUGGAUCGGUAUCAUUUUCUCGUCCGUCAUUGAAAGAUCAUUAUUCCAUCACCAUCCUCCCCAGAAUAGCAGAUUUAAAUCUCUCUGAUAGAGUUACUAUUCCAAAUUUAACUUCUACCCUCAAUGAUUCAAAUAUCCUAGAUCUUGGUAUCUCAAAGUCUAUAAUAUCUAGUUACAUUAUCAAGCCAACUCCUAAAUUAGUCUGGUCUUAUGCUUUGAGUCCUUCCAGUAUAAUUGAUUGCAUGGAUGUUUCUUCAGAAUCUAAUAACAAUGAUGAAGAUUAUUCCAACCAAAAAUUUAAGUACUACAUAAUCGGAAUAAGUGAUCGUAGAACUCACAAAGUAUUACUUGUACAAAGAAAUCAAAAUGAUCAAAAUGAAACUAAAUCAUUCGAAUUAAAAGUCAGUCAUAAAGUAAUCGAUAUUAAAUUUUUCAAUAAUGGAAAAUCAAUUAUUGUGGUUUAUGCUAAUGGGUUAAUUGAAUCUUACAAUUUACAAAUAGAAGAAGAAGAUAUUUCUCUUAUUAAAAAGGCGGAAGAAUUAGCAACCUCCAUAAAGAGAAAGUCAGAAAUAAUCUUCCAUCAAUUUAUUGAUGAUAUAUCCAUAAAAGAUAAAUCCGAUUCUUCAUUCAUUUUAUUAAUUACUAAAACAAAUGAUAGUUUACAAUAUAUUUUGGUAUCAUACUCAUCCUCCCGAAUUCUUGAAAUUAAUUCUGUAACAACAGCAUUACCAUCAAGUCUUCUUAAAUUUGCAUACGUUAAUGGAUAUAUUUAUCAAUUAAAUCUUUCCAAUUUCGACAUUACAUCAGUUAAUAUAAUAUCAUUCAAACAAGAAAAGACGGUUUCCAUAAAUUCAUUAAUUCACUCAUCUACUUCAGAAAUUGCCUUUUAUGCUCCUAGUGUUGAUAGAUUAAUCAUUUCAGUUAACAACAAAAUUUAUUUAAUUAAUUUCAAAUUUGAAAGUUUAUUAGAUACUUUUGUAUCCAAGUCUUCGUCAUCUUCUGAAGCUAAUCCAGACAGAGUUUACAUUAAUCAAGUCUUAAGAGUUAAGGGACAAUCAUUGAAUACCGUUAACUCUACUGUGAUUUACUCUUAUCUCAAAAAUAAAGAUAAAAAUGUCUAUUUGAGUGUAAUCAACUUAAAUGUAGGUUUAAAUAAGUUGAAUGAAUGUUUAGGUAAAAGCUUACAUAAUAUCAGACAGCCAGAUGCAGAAUUCAGAGGAAUGGUCAACUUGAUCAGUGAUAAAUUUGAUGCCGAAUCUAAAGAAUUAUCAAAGGAAUUAUCAGAAGUCUAUAGUCAUUUGAAGCUUUACAGUAAGGAAAAGAAUUUCUCAUCUUGGGAAAGAAUAUUAAUUCCAUAUAUGAAGAAUGAAUCUUGGGAAUCCAUUAAGAAGUCCCUCAAUAAGCCCCAUAAAAAGAAUGCCAAAGAUCCAUAUGUUAGUAAUGGAGCUGCCAAUACCAACGGCAAAAUUUACAAUUUUAAAGAAUUUGAUGUUGAAAAUGAUAGAAUCAUUGAUAUAGAUUUUAUUAAGAAGAUUCUUCUUUUAAUUUUCAAAUUCCAUGAUGAUAAUAAAGUUGAAUAUAUUGAUAUUGAAUUUGUUCCUGAGUAUACCUUAAUUUAUUUGUUAACCAAUCCAUUGUUCCCACAAGAAUUCACAAAGGGUAUAUUGCAAUUAUUCAGUGAAUCUUUCCAAUUGACCCUCUUGAGACAGUGUAUUAUUUCAUGUCCUAAUUUAACUGUAUCGGAAUUAUUACAACAAUUGGUAAUGGGUAAUAAUAAUGCUGAUAUCUUCCAAGAUUUAAUAAAUCGCCUUAUUGAUGGAUUUUCUACUGUUGAGAUUACUAAGGAAUUCAAACUUUUGGUCGAAUCAAAUAUUAAUGAUGUAAAAUUGGACCAGUUAUUAAAUCAAUUAUUACAGGUUGAAAAGAAUCCAAAAAUUUGGUAUUUGAUAGAGAUCAUUGUAGAUGUUGGUGGGUUAUUCAACUGGACAGAAGAGACUAUUGAAAAAUUACAUGAAUUAAUCGAAUUAAAGAUUAAGGCACUUAUGGCAAACAGUUAUAAUCUUACCUUGGUUAACCAAGUUCUUUUAUCUCAACAACCUAAGCCAAAGAAGAAAUCAGGUAAAAAGACUGUCACAGCAGCAAAGUCUGUUAUUGGUGACAUUAUUUCUACUAGUGCUCAACAACAAGUACAAUUAGAUUCUAUUUUAACUAUUGCAAAUGCUUCAAAUAAUAAGCAUUUGGAUAACCCAACGAUUGAAAUUUCUAAGAAAAUUCCUAAUUAUUCUGUAGACAGAUUGAUCUUAUAGAUUGUAUAAUAGACAUUAAAUUAAAGUAAAUA